ACUAUCGUUGGUCAUUACCGGUCUCAAUUUUCCGGGUUUGAACAGCAAGACAGUCAAGAAUUUCUCCUUUUUCUGCUUGACGGACUUCACGAAGACCUUAAUGCUGCUCGCAAGAGUGGUUCUGUUGUAGCAUAUGGACCAGAGUUCGACCAAAAGACCAAUUAUCAGCUUAUGGCUGAAGAUGAAUCUCUUUCUGAUGCGGAACGAGCCCAGGCAUCCUGGAAAUGGCACAAACAGCUUAACGAUUCCCUUAUCGUCACUAUGUUUCAGGUAAAACACCGUCAUUUUCCAAAAUAA